AUGAAGGCCGCAAUAUUCUUCCAACGACUUGCAGCGACAAGCCUGAGCUCAUCAAAGACUUACAGGAGUUGCCAUCUUCCAUCUUCCUCAGUAUCGGAUCAAUAUGACAAGUUCUACCGAUCGGGGUCCAUGGCACUAUCUGAAGCCCAUCUUUCUCUUCUCAGAAAGUAUCUACGAGUGGCUCCUUAUCUUCUGCUCACAGACGACCCAGAUCUCGUUGCAUCUACCAUAUGGCAUACAGAUCUCUGUGCCGGCAACCUCUUUGUGGACAAAGGCCAUAUCACCAGUGUGAUUGAUUGGCUGGGCCCCUAG